UGAACAGUUAUUUUUUUUCUAAACCAAAAUUGGUUUUCUCUUUCUUUUGUCUAACAGUGGCCUUUAUUUAACAGACGCACUCCACUGCUAACGUUGCUUUCGUCCUACUCCAAAAAUAAGCUUCUUCUUAUGGACUAAAACCUUUGAGAAAGAAGAAGAAGAAGAAGAAGAAGAAGAGAGAAUAACUAUUCCUUCCUUCUUCGCCAAGUUCUCUGAGCUAGAGAAGAAGGAGGGAUUUCUUCUUCACUCUUUUGACCGCCAUUGUUUCUCACCUUCUUUGCUUGAGAUUUUUCGCCGCAAUUUGCUCACUUACUGACAAAAGUCAAGUCUCUCUCUCUCUUUGGAGGCUCAAUUAGGGUUUUGUUGCUGUGAGAUUUGAUUACGCAAAUUGCUGAAUUUGGUUUCGAUUAUUGGCGUGAGACGGUGUUGUUUUUGAAGAUUUCCAGUGAGUUUCCGUUUAUGGAUCUGACUGGAGGAUUUGGAGCUAGAUCCGGCGGUAUUGGACCGUGCCGGGAACCAAUAGGUCUUGAAUCGCUACAUCUCGGUGACGAAUUUCGGCAACUAGUGACGACGUUACCUCCUGAGAACGCCGGCGGCUCUUUCACGGCUUUGCUUGAGCUUCCGCCUACACAAGCAGUGGAGCUUCUUCAUUUUACUGAUUCUUCGUCUUCUCAAGUGGCGGCUGUGACAGGAAUCGGUGGAGAGAAUGCUCCACCGCUUCACUCUUUCGGUGGGACAUUGGCUUUUCCUUCUAACUCAGUUCUCAUGGAGCGAGCAGCUCGUUUCUCGGUGAUUGCCACUGAACAACAAAACGGAAAUGUCUCCGGGGAGACUCCGACGAGCUCUGUACCUUCCAAUUCCAGCGCUAAUCUCGACAGAGUCAAGACCGAGCCUGCUGAGACCGAUUCAUCUCAGCGGUUGAUUUCUGAUUCAGCGAUUGAGAAUCAAAUCCCUUGCCCUAGCCAGAACAAUCGAAAUGGGAAGAGGAAAGAUUUCGAAAAGAAGGUUAAAAGCUCGACGAAGAAGAACAAAAGCUCCGAAGAGAACGAGAAGCUGCCAUAUGUUCACGUUAGAGCUCGUCGUGGUCAAGCAACCGAUAGCCAUAGCUUAGCAGAACGAGCAAGAAGGGAGAAGAUAAAUGCACGAAUGAAGCUGCUACAGGAACUGGUCCCAGGCUGUGAUAAGGGGACAGAUUUUGGUGGAAAGAUCAAGAUCAAAGUGUGUUUUGGGGUCCAUCUUUUGAUGAUAAGUGGGAAAAAAGCUGUAAACUUUCUAUGGAAGGUGAGCUGUGAGGACUUGAUUGAUUGUUCCUAACCCCCUAGGAUUCAAGGUACCGCGCUGGUGCUGGAUGAAAUCAUUAACCAUGUCCAGUCAUUACAACGUCAAGUGGAGAUGCUAUCAAUGAGACUUGCUGCGGUAAACCCCAGAAUCGACUUCAAUCUCGACACCAUAUUGGCUUCAGAAAAUGGUUCUUUAAUGGAUGGGAGCUUCAAUGGCACACCAAUGCAGCUUGCUUGGCCUCAUCAAGCCAUUGAGACCGAACAGUCCUUUCAUCACCGGCAACUGCCACCACCACCAACACAACAGUGGCCUUUUGACGGCUUGAACCAGCCGGUAUGGGGAAGAGAAGAGGAUCAAGCUGAUGGCAAUGAUAACAGCAAUUUGAUGGCGGUUUCUGAAAAUGUAAUGGUGGCUUCUGCUAAUUUGCACCCAAAUCAGGUCAAAAUGGAGCUGUAAGUUGGGAAAACAGUAGAGAUCAUGAAUGUGUAUAUAUAUCGUAUAAGCCCGUUUCUCUAUAUAUAAUUAUAAUCAUAAAUAUAUAAGCAUUAGAUAUCUGUUAAGAAGGUAUCAGUCAUUUGAUUCAGAGAGACAAAACUGGUAAUGAUUAUUUCUUAUUUUUACCAGAUUUCCACAAUGUAGAAUUUAGUAGAAUAUGAUCAUUUUGAUCUUGUUAUA